CCCGCACUUGUGAACCGAGGCUCUCCAGCUCUUAUCGCGUCCUUAUGACCCCCAACACUGCAUCUCCCAUCUUCUCCUCACCACCAUCACUGCAACACCAUCGAUUGCUCAACCUCAAUCGCCAUCUAUUCACCAUGCCCGGCCUAACCCUCCACCUCCUCACACUCUCCCCCGAAACAUCCGCAAAAGACUUUGUCCGCGACCUCAAAAAAGCCGCCAGCACCCGCGUCAUCGUCGCCUCGCGCCCGCGCCGCGUAAUCAUCAGCCCAACAAUCCUCGACACAACCACCCUCCUCUCCGAGCCCUGGGACCUUCUCCUCCUCCUGCUACCACCAAACCCUCGCGAGCCGCUCUUUCCACCAACCCUCGCGUCGCAGAUUACGAAAGAAUACAAGAUCAAGGUCGGGAUUCCGUCCAAGUUGCUGAAUAGCUACCCGGAGCGCGAUGCGCAGCUCAAGCGCGAGGCAAAGGGUGUGCCCCUGACGGGGUCGCUGGAUAAUCUUAGCACGGAGAGUACGGGGGAGAAUCUGGAGGUUUCGGGGGAUUUGUUGAAAUUCAUGAAUGAGUUCAGCGCGGUUUAUGAUAAGCCGGUUACGAUGUUGAAUCUGUUGCAUUUUCAGAGGCCCGAUGGGAAGCAGAAUUAUUUCAAGUAUGGACAGGGCUUCACCCCCGUCGCCUCGAAACGCGGCGGAAACGCCAAACUCGUCGGCAACGUCGUCAAGCCUGCGUCGGCGGCGGACUCGGAUUCGAGGGGUCCACACGAUCGGCCCGAGCAGGAGUGGUGGAAUGAGAUUUCCAUUGUGCAUUAUCCGUCCAUCAGGCAUUUCUGUGAUAUGCUCGCUGCCGAGGAUUACCAGGAGGUUAAUCGGAAGUAUAGGCUUGCGGCGCUCCGGGAUACGUUCCUUCUGUGUACGACCGAGUUUGACUUGGAGGAUGAGGCGGCGAAGUUGUGAUUGACUGGUGUCGAUAGAGAUUGGGAUGUAUAUACGACAAUGAUACUGAUGACACUGCGGGCAGAUCAUGCUGAUAUCAGAGUGAGAGCAAUAUGCAGAAUAACGCUGCAAAUCCCAACGAAGCGGGAUAGAUAGUGGUUCCUGCGUUAUCUGUCAUUGAGAUCUCAUCAUCCGACCCUAUAGAGGAAGCCAUACUCGCAUCCGUCGUCCGCGUAGGCUCACUCGUCGUUUCCGGACUAUCAGUCGUCGAUGCAUCACUCCUCGCAGAUCUCGUAUCUGACGCAGAGUGUAUCCCCUCAGAAGCCGUCGUCGUAUACUCCGCCGGAUUCGUUAGAACUAAACACUGUAAUCAGCACUCCGAUUCCCUCCUUCCCAUCAACUCGAAACCUACUUGUAACAGUCUCCGUUCUCCCGCCAACAACCGUCGUGAUCGGCACAUACGCCCACCGCGGCACACACUCGAUCCCCAAAACCUCCUCCUGAAACCCAUCAACACACCAAUAAAAACACCACCCCAGCACUUCAAUAUUCCCCGCAUGCCCGCUCCCCUCACAGGCACUACUGCAUUCCGGCGCGAGCGCCGACUGCGCCGGUAUUGCGUCGCUGUGCACGCAGUCGUGGUAGCAGUAGGGAAUCGCGGUGCUGUUUGUCGAGCCGGGGAGGAGGGUUCCUGUUGCGAUGCUUAGCGGAUCGUGGCAGCGAAGGAGGCAGGGGGUGGAGUUUGAGGUGUAGGUUGUGUUGGGGGUUCCGGGGAGGGGGGC